UUCUUUUCUCCCUAUUGUCUCUCCCAAGUCCCAAGCAGCUCGAGAAGGCGAUGCGACUUUUUUAGGUUUUUUUUUUUUUUUUUUUUGGGGUACGAGAUCUCGGUGCUUCGAAUCAAUCUCGGAAUCUAAAUCUGCCAAUCUCGAUUUGCAGCGGUAUCACCUUGAUCCAGUCAUAUCUUCGUUUAGUUCUUUCCAAUCUCAAAUCCAAUUGCGGAUUUCUUUGCCUCGAUAAAAAGCUACCAUAUUUUUUUUUUCUUUUUUCCCUGCGAUUUCCGCCAAGAUCCGAGCAUAAAAGAGGGUUUUCUAUUUUUCCAAGUGCUGUUCUGAGGUUAAUGGUGGAUUCUUAGCUGUUUGAAGAUUAUCUUGUGCUUGGUAAUUUUUCAGAUUUCUACGGUAAUAAAUCUGAUUUUGCUUCCUCUUCUUCUUCUUCUUCUUCCACUGACAUCUUUGUAAAACCUCUGAUGUGUAGGCAUGUGGUUUCCAGUUGGUAUUCUCUGGGGAUGUUUUCAACUUACCCGCCCUUAAUUUUGAGUUUUUACCCUAGGUUUUCAACAGAUCUUUGUAAAGGGUAAUCGAUAACCGUAGCUCCUCAAGGAUUUGUUAAUUCCAUUGGAUUUAUGCAUGAUGUAGUCUUCUGAAGAAAUUCCGUGAUUUUUUAUUAGCCAAGAAUAUAAUGUGUUAAUUAGGCGAUUCCCGAUGAUCUUCUAAUGCGGUUGAUUUCAGUUCAAUCAUAUUUUUGAUUCCUAGCCAGAUAUCAUAAUUGUCCUAUCCCUUUAUCCAAGCAUCGCAGAAUCGAUGCCUUUAUUCCAGCAUUAUUUAUCUGUUGUCUUUAAAAAGGAACGAUCUUGAACCCUAAUUGCUCAAGUUUUUACCUUGGCCUUUUACUGGAGUUUAUAUGGACGCUUAACUCUGAGGAUCUCUUUCUCUUCAUCCCUCUAUAGGUUGUCUAUGGAGCAGCCAUAAUGGACAGGAAAACGAUUUUGUUUUUCUUAAAGAGUCAGUUGUACUUUUACAGGCACGGUAGGUCUUGAAAAUUAUCGGUUACCAUCGAAUUAGAAGUCCAGGGAUGAGAUGAGGUGCAAUGCUUGCUGGCGGGAAUUGGAAGGGAAAGCCGUAUCAACCACCUGUGGCCAUCUCUUGUGUAUGCUAUAGCCACUCACACAUUUUUAUUUAUUUAUCAAAAUGUAUACGUGAAUAUUGCAUGGUUGAAUAUCUUUAACACAUGAAAAGGCACUGAGGAUGCAAGCAAGAUACUCAGCAACGAUGCUGCAUGUCCAGUUUGUGAUCAAGUGCUCUCCAAAAGAUGGCAAUGGCUGGAGUUUCCCCGCAAAUUCUCAUGAAGAGUGCAUAUCGAAGUGUGAUGUUUUACAUUGGACAAAAGGAGUUAGAGACGCAAUACAAAUUGAACAAGCUUCUUGGGCAAUGCCGACAGAAAUGUGAGGCCAUGCAAGAAAAAUUUGCAGAAAAAAUGGAGCAAGUGCAUACUGCAUACCAAAAAAUGGCCAAGAGGUGCCAGAUGAUGGAAAAAGAGAUUGAAAGCUUAUCAAAAGAUAAGCAAGAACUGCAAGAAAAAUAUGCUGAGAAAUCCAGGCAUAAGAGGAAACUAGAUGAGAUGUAUGAUCAGUUGAGAAGUGAGUAUGAGUCUGUAAAGCGUACAGCAAUCCAACCUGGAGGCAACUUUUUUCCAAGAACUGAACCAGACUUGUUCUCAGGCAUGGGUAAUAUGAUGGAUAGCAGAGACCCCCUCAGACAAGAUCGUUCGAUUGUUACCCCUGAAACUCCAGGGCAGAGAGAGGAUAUAUGGCCUUCAGCCAGACAGAAGCAUUCCAACUCAGGUGCCUAUGACCUUUCUGGGGGCUCACCAGCAAAGAUUGCACCAGUUCCUGUAGAUUCUGGAAUCAGGAGACAGGCACACUCUUUUUUUGGACUUGGUCCAAGCAAUCCUGCUUCUACUUUGCGUAAUCUCAUAAUCUCACCCAUGAAGCGGCCCCAGCUAUCACGUAGCCGCCCUCAUGUAUUCACAUAAGGUUCAUUCUCUGGUUAGUUUUCAAUAAGCUGUUCUGAUGAUGUUCCAGUAGACACGUGCCUAUCAAGCAGGUGGCACCUCCUUUGAGGUUGAAACUGUUCCAGCUGGGAUUCAGUCUGCUGGUUGAUGUCUCAACCAAGACGAGCAGCAUAUCAACAUGGUCCCUUUUAAUCUUGCUGUAGAUGUUUUUGUCUGACCGAUCAAGCUGAUGUUUCAGGUUGUAAGGGCAGCUGGGAAUGUUGCUGUUCAAUCAUUGCCACCAGCAGUCUCUCUUCUCUCUUUACAAAAUAGUUAAAUGUUAAAAAGUAACUAUCAUUGAGACACAAUGACAUCAUAACACUGAGUCUAGUUGACAUCGUAAAUAGUCAGGAGAGAGAUCAUUUGAUUUCAGGAAGUGUCUUGAUACAAGAAUGCUUGUAGUGUUGCUUUUUUUAUUACUCUGCAUUCUAAGUGAUGCAGGGAGAGGAUUCUCCUCAUGGUA